AUAACUGGCAUGUGUGAACUUCAUCGCCAAAGAUACACUCAUGGAGCUCUCUCAAUGAAAGACAUUUUGAUUGUGAAUGACAAGCCUAAAUUUGCCUUCAUAAGAAAUAAGUUUUUACAGAGUGACAAUGAGCGUCGAACCCACGAACGUCAAGAUAUUGAAGCUUUGAAGACUCUAUUUAGGAAGGUGAUUGAUCCUGGUCCUGAUUCUGAUCGUCGUAGGGAUCGUACGGAAUUGGAGCAUUUUUACGAAAGCACUGAAGUCAACAAUGCGCCGAGUCUGUCAAAAUUGUACUUUCAUCCCAUUUUAAUGACUCCAAUGGAAAGGUUCUUUCAACCGGUUACGAUGGAUACUCUAGAAAGGUACCCAGGUCAUGAAAAGGAGUAUAAUGCUAGUAGGGUUUAUAAUUGGAUUAGAAAAGGACAUCGUUGGCAUCCUUAUGAUUGGACUAAAGGCGUUGAAGUUUAUGAAUAAAAAAAAAAAGGCGUUGAAGUUAAUGAAUCAAAAAAAAAAGGCUCUGAAGUUAAAGAGUACUACGCAGAGAUUUUAAGAUAUGCAGAAAAAAAACGAAUGCCAUAUGGUCUAACUGACUGGGAUGUCUUCAAGUUUGUGAGGAAUGCUAUUGUCCACAUCAGUGGAAGUUUACGUUCA